CACCAAGACUUUUUGCCUUUUGGAAAUAUGAAGGCUGAUGAGAGGACUGGCUGGACUGUACUCUUGGCUUGUAAACCAGAAUUGUGAAGAAAGUGCUUCCACAAUUGUAGCAAAUGAAGAUUCACUGGUAAAUCAAUCAAGAAUUUUGGCCUGCCCUCCAAAGCAAAGACAUGCCAAUAUUUGGUCUUUGUCCAGCCCAUGAUGAUUUCUAUUUGGUGGUGUGUAACGACUGUAAUCAGGUUGUCAAACCACAAGCAUUUCAGUCACAUUAUGAAAGAAGACAUAGCUCAUCCAGCAAGCCGCCUUUGGCCGUCCCUCCCACUUCAGUAUUUUCUUUCUUCAAUUCUCUGCCCAAAAGCAAAGGAGGCAGUGCAGGUGGAAGCAGCAGGUCUUCCAGUGGAGGAGUUCUCAGUGCGCCCUCAUCAAGUUCAAAGUUGUUGAAAUCACCCAAAGAGAAACUGCCACUCAGGGGGAGCACCAGGCCCAUGCAUCCCAUUCAGCAGAGUAGAGUACCCCCUGCUAGAGUCAGCAUGACGCCUUCUGUAAAGGUAGAAAAGAUACAUCCGAAGAUGGAUGGCACACUACUGAAAUCUGCGGUGGGGCCAACCUGUCCUGCUACUGUGAGUUCCUCAGUCAAGCCUGGCCUUAACUGCCCCUCAAUACCAAAGCCAAACUUGCCUUCACCUGGACAGAUUCUGAAUGGCAAAGGACUUCCUGCACCGCCAACUCUGGAGAAGAAAUCUGAAGACAAUUCUAAUAAUAGGAAGUUUUUAAAUAAAAGAUUAUCAGAAAGAGAGUUUGAUCCUGACAUCCACUGUGGGGUCAUUGACCUUGACACCAAGAAGCCCUGCACCCGGUCUUUGACGUGCAAGACACAUUCCUUAACCCAGCGGAGGGCUGUUCAGGGUAGAAGAAAACGAUUUGAUGUGUUAUUAGCCGAGCACAAAAACAAAACCAGGGAAAAGGAAUCCAUUCGCCAUCUGGACUCCCAGCAACCAUCACAGCCUCUCAGGGACCCGCAUCCCGCCCCUCCUAAAACGUCGCUGGAGCCGCACCAAAAUUCUCAUGGAGUGAUUCCUUCUGAAUCAAAGCCUUUUGUAGCUAGUAAACCUAAACCUCACACCCCCAGUCUUCCAAGGCCUCCAGGCUGCCCUGCUCAGCAAGGUGGGAGUGCCCCCAUUGACCCUCCUCCAGCCCAUGAAUCUCCACACCCUCCCCUGCCUGCCACUGAGCCAACUUCUCGGUUAUCCAGUGAGGAGGGCGAAGGCGAUGACAAAGAAGAGUCUAUUGAAAAACUGGACUGUCAUUAUUCAGGUCAUCAUCCUCAGCCAGCAUCUUUUUGCACAUUUGGGAGCCGGCAGAUUGGAAGAGGCUAUUACGUGUUUGACUCCAGGUGGAACCGGCUUCGCUGUGCUCUCAACCUCAUGGUGGAGAAGCAUCUGAAUGCACAGCUAUGGAAGAAAAUCCCCCCAGUGCCCAGUACUACGUCACCCAUCUGUGCACGCAUUCCUCACCGGACAAACUCUGUGCCGACAUCACAAGGUGGGAUCAGCAGUCUUUCAGCAGCCUCCGUCUCUACAUCCCCAGUUCUGCUCUCAUCCACCUGCAUCUCUCCAAAUAGCAAAUUGGUACCAGCUCAUGGAACCACACUAAAUGCACAGCCUGCCAUUUCUGGGGCAAUGGAUCCUGUGUGCAGUAUGCAAUCCAAACAAGUGUCCUCUUCAUCCUCUUCCCCCUCCACACCCUCUGGCCUCUCCUCAGUCCCCUCCUCCCCUAUGGCCAGGAAACCUCAGAAAUUGAAGUCCAGCAAGUCUUUAAGGCCCAAGGAGUCUUCUGGUAACAGCACUAACUGUCACAACGCCAGCAGCAGUACCAGUGGCGGCUCAGGAAAGAAACGCAAAACCAGUUCCCCGCUAUCAGUUCACUCUUCCUCCUCUUCCUCCUCUUCCUCUUCUUCUCAUUCCAUGGAGUCUUUUAGGAAAAACUGUGUGACUCAUACCGGGCCUCCCUACCCAUCAAUGGUGGCAUCUUCCCAUAGCAUUGGCCUCAACUGUGUGACAAAUAAAACGCACUCUGUGAGCCUCCGGCAUGAACCGUCAGGGAGGGGCCCCCCAGGUGGGAGCCCCGCAGAGUCCAUCAAGAGGAUGAGUGUGGUGGUGAACAGCAGUGACUCCACUCUUUCUCUUGGCCCAUUCAUUCACCAGUCUAACGAACUGCCUAUCAACUCCCAUGGCAAUUUUUCACACUCACACACUCCUCUAGAGAAACUUAUAGGAAAGAAAAGAAAGUGCUCUCCUGGCUCCAGCAGCAUCAACAACAGCAGCAGCAAACCCACAAAGGUUGCCAAAUUGCCAGCCACGAACAACGUCCACAUGAAACACACAGGCACCAUCCCCGGAGCACAAGGACUGACGAACAGUUCCCUCCUUCAUCAGGAUAUCUCCUCACCUUGCUUACGAACAGGAAUUUCAGCAGCAGCACCCCAGAGCCCUGACUUAAAAUCCAAAGGCACGUCCCUGACAGCUGAAAACAGCACGGGGAGAAAUAAUCCGGACACUUUUGAGGACAAGUUACACCUCCACUCAGCACUCUGGACUCCACGAUGCCUUUGAGUCUCUUUUCACAACCUCCUUGGGCCUCCAGGGUAAUCGCUGGGCUGUUGUUUUGAGGAUUUCCCCGAAGCUAUGUCUGUAGCAGUGAGUACUCAUACAGGACACUGGAUCAAGUUCAGCCACCAGAUUGCUUUUAUCAGUGUUAAAGUGGUCUGGACUGCUUGCUACCAAUCUGUGAGAAGUUUUUGUUCUUGUUUAUUUUUUUUAACUUGUUAUAUCAUGGAGCUACUCUUAAGUAGACUGGCCAGGCAAAAGAUUGUUUGACAAGAGCGUUAAUGUCAACUUUUCUCUCUCCUCCAUCUCCUUGCCAGUUUCUUUUCUCAUUCUCUCUCCCUUCCUCCUCCCUCUCUCCCCCAUUUCCUUUUUUCACACUUCUGUAGGUCAUUCUCCAGCACCUUAACUGGAGACCUUCCAGAGGAAAGGGAGCUGCAUCCUAAGCAGCUUUCUAAAGGCUUUUAUAGCAGUGUUCCAGAAGUAGAAUGUGGGUAUUGACUCAAGGUCACAUGACAAGAUAGGCCAGCCUUUUGCAAAUAAUUUGAGAUAAGACACUAUCAAAAGCUUCCAACUUACUGGUUUGAAGCCAUUGAUGCUGGGUUAGCGGGUAUCAGCCAUAUUGGAGGCUUACUUUUCAUGGUACAAAACCAAUCCCAUGUAAAAGAAAAAAGCAAAAAUAAUUUAAACUACUGUUGAUGAUGGAAAGCCAAAAUGAGGCAGGUGGAUGGGGGUGGGGGUUAAAAUCACAAUGAAGGGGGGAAAAUUUUUCCAAGAUUUCCAAAGAGGUGGAAUUGUCUUACCACUUAUUUUCAUGUAAAACAGUAUGUCAGAUUGGGUUGAUUGUCCUGCCCAAUUUUAUUUUUUAAGAUUUGUCUUUUUAAAAUAAAAAUGCUAGGAUACUUAAAUAUUUCUAAGGUAUUACCCCUAUUUUCCUCUCUGGAUACUGUCCUAGGACUUAGUGUAAGUAUCUGCUUCCUGUGCUCUGGGCAGUAUGUGUGCCCCCACUUCCCUUCUGGCUACUGCAGAUGUACAUUUAGAUGCGGGUGGAGUGGGAAGCAGACCUUAAUGGGAGAAGCUGGAGUGUAGGUACACGUUUGUGUGGAGGCUUUGUAUGAGGCUUACAGAGUGUUUCCCGACACACUCCCUCUUGUGUUUAAGAGAGUUUUAGAGCCUCUAAGAUAGUGAUUGCAGUGCUUCACCCCAAAUGAAAAUGUAAUAAGUUAAAACAGCAUUGUUUGAGAAGGUAUGCUUGAAUUUGGGGAAUGAUCUGGGGCCUCUUAAUGGACCAUCCCACCACUCCUGCUCCUGAACCAAGGAUCAGGCCUCUGGAUUAGGAGAGUGUUCACACAGAGUAGCCUAGCCCAAUGCAGGGUAAAUCCCACCAUUCUGAUCAGUGCAUUGGGUAGGGCCUACUCAGAGCCAGUCAGUGUGUCCUUUUAUCCCCACAGUUCUUGGUUACAAACUUCAGUUUCAGGGAAUUUCAAGUCAAAACCUGUAGAAUGAAUAAAUAUUUGGUUGCCAGCCUAAUAAAUGUGAAUUGCUACAGAAUUAUUCUUAUUAUGUAAUAAAACAAAGACUUUAUGCAGAUACUUUAACUAUAAAUUGAUGUAAAAUACUGAUUUUUUUAAGGAAGGGGAGAACAAUAUCUUGUUCAAUUUUAUGCAAUCAAUCAGUAAAUGUGUUUUUAAAUGAUACUAUAGGAGAGCUAGUAAGGAGAGAGUGUGGAUGGGCCAGUUAGGUAUAGGUAAAGGAAAUCAGUCUGGGUGUUCCAUCCCACUUGUGGGGGAGAAGAGAUAAGAGGGAAUCAGGAUGUAUCUAGUUGAUUCCUUGGUACAAGUGCAAUGGGGUAUGGGUAGAAUUUAUUUUCAGAGCCAAGGGGACUUUGAUGGUUAUAAAUUAAGUUGCUUUUAGUGAUGGAAUGAAUAGACAGAUCAAGUUUUCUGAAAGAUGUGAAUAGGAUCCACAAUAGCAAGUUGAUUCAGAUUAAUGUAGAUAUUUAGAUUAGUGAGUGUUCAUUGAUUUUUUUUUUAGACUGAAGUUUUAAUUGAAUUUCAUUAUGUCUCCUGGUAAUACAUAGAGCGUUGGGAUUAGGAAAUUAGCCAUUUUGGAUUUUGCCUGCCACAAACAGACCUAUUCCAAACAGUGCUAUUAAACUUUAGACUGUUCAAAUGUUUUAUUUUCUCCAACAACUACUUUUUAUUAUGAUGAACAAUUAAGACCAUUUAAAACACAGGAGUAAAAGUAUUUUUUUGAAUUGAAUUAACUUGCAAAAACCAAAUUUGCAGUGGUUGGGUUGUUUCUUAGACAGACUUUGGUAUCAAUUUAAAACCAAGAUAAUUUUUAUAUUCCUUCCAGUAGAAUUUCAUGACAACUUCUGCAGUUUUCUUAACGUACAAAAAAAAGUGCUGCAAUGAUGAACAAAGAAUUAUACGAAACCUACUUUUGUACCUUUAUUUUGGGAUUUCUUGUUCUAUUAUAAAUAUGGAAGUAGCCCUAUUUCAGAAGACAUAUUUUGUUAAAAAUGAAUUGUACAUAUUUAAAUAUGUAUUUUUGCACAGGUCUUUUUUUCUGAUAUCCUGUUUUGGUACAAUUGAGAUCAUCUAGUAUUUAUUUAUUAAUUAAUAAAAGUAAAUACCUUUUUAUAAUUUGAAGUGGUUCACUGCCAAGCCAAUAGUUGUAGAACCUGCCUCCUUUACAGUGGAAGGAUUGCCUCUGUUCUGUGAAAGUCUUUGUUCCUUUUAGUGUCUCAAGAGUGGAUUCACACAGACGAAGUGGGCAUUGCUUCUCCUCGGUUGCCUGAUUUCCCAGUAGACCACAUGUGACUAAGUGACACACUGCUUUUCUCUCAUUAGUGUUUUAUGUGCGAGUGUGUGUGUGUGUAUGUGUGGGUACGUGCCUGUGUGUGUGUACACUCUGAGCACACUUUUGUUAUGUAUGUGAUGUGGUUUAAAACUAAUGGAAAAACUGAAAGUGCCUGAACCUAACUUUAAAGCUUAGACAGAUUCUCUUUAAAAAAGACUUGAAUGUUCAGUUGAACUUUUGGAGUUUGCUUUUUCCACCUACUUAUUGUUUUGUAAAAUCUUAGGGGAGGAGUUGAAAACAACCAAUGCUGGUAAAUUUUAUAAGGUAUUUUACAUUUAAGACCUUUGGGUUCACAGUAAUUUCACUGGUGAUGGAUUUGCCAGUGGCACCAAGAGUUAAAACCUGUCAGCCAGCAAUGUACAUGCCAUGUCCGUUUUGUCACUCACUCAUGAAAUAAGAGAGUUUAAAGUAGAAUAUUUAAAAUAUUUUGUAUUACAAAAAUAUAAUACAAAGAAGUACCUCUGAGAACAUUGAAAAAAAAUGUGUAAUUUGAGAAACCUAACUUAAAAUGGCAGCUGCCUUCCUGCAAGAGUUCUGUUGCCAAGGAGUUUCUUCAUGUCUCUCAUUCUGUCCUGGGUUGGGGGAAAGUUGGGCUUUGAAAAAUGAUUGCUCAAAGUUUCAUGGUUUAAAAGAAAAUAAUCAUUUUUACACUUUGUGCAAAAAUUUUACAUUUCCAGAUGAUUUUAAAUGAGCACUACAUACUGUCAGUGUGAAUGUAGGGCCUUGAAAGCGGUUUUUUUGAACUUGGUUAUAAAAGCAAUCUCCUGUGUUAAAAUGUGUGAAUAGUUGGACAAUGUGUACCCAUAAUCAAGAGCAUCUCAGCUGGACUUUGUGUUGGCUGCUGUAUAGAACAUGAACAAAUGUCAAGGGAUAGAAAAUUACUUUGGAUAUUUAAAAGAGAAGAAAUAUAUAGUCUAUUUGUUUUGUAACAAGUUUCUGUAAAUAAAAUAAUUUAUACUA